CGACAUGCACGCAAAAAUUGACAGUUCACUUCAGCUGGUGUCAUGUCCCUUCACGCAAGACCCUGAAACGGCACCACAUGAGUUGCAGUUGGAACUGAUGGAUCUCCAAUGUGACACCGCCUUAAAGGAGAAGUUCAACUCUCUUAAGCUGGAUGACUUUUAUGCUUCAUUAAAUGCAACCAGAUUUCCAAACAUCCAGAAGAUGGCACAGAGGAUGCUGGUGUUGUUUGGCUCUGCCUAUGUGUAUGAACAGACUUGCACCACCCCACAGAUCCCGGACUGUUUUGGAGUGACUGCUAGUCAAUCACUUUAUGCUGCUGCUGCUGGGUCAGGAGGCUGUCAGGGCAGGUGAUCUGCAUUAAGACACUCAUAUGGUCCUCAGAGCUGAAACAUGAGUGCCUUUGUGACUCUCUCAACAGGGCAAAGGAUGCCCAUGGUCGGACUCGGCACCUGGAAGAGCGCUCCAGGGCAGGUGAAGCAGGCAGUGCUGGCAGCUUUAGACUGUGGAUACAGACACAUUGACUGUGCUGCUGCAUACAACAAUGAGCAGGAGGUGGGAGAGGCUCUGGCCAUCAGGGUCGGCACUGGGAAGGCUUUGUGUCGUGAGGAGGUGUUUGUAACAUCCAAACUGUGGAACACCAAACAUCACCCAGAGGAUGUUGAGGAAGCGUGCAGGACCAGUCUGGUCCACUUGGGCCUCUCCUAUCUGGACUUGUACCUUAUGCACUGGCCUAUGGCAUUUCAGCGGGGGAAGGAGCUGAUGCCUCGAAGAGAAGAUGGAAGUAUUUGUUACUCUGACAUACACUACAGAGAUACUUGGGCAGCCAUGGAGAGCCUUGUGGACAAAGGUUUAGUCAAAGCUAUAGGGCUGUCCAACUUCAACGCCGGACAGAUUGAUGAUAUCAUCAGCAUGGCCAGACACACACCUGUGGUGAACCAGGUGGAAUGCCAUCCUUACUUUUCUCAAGCGGAUCUUCUGUCUCACUGUCGCUCAGUGGCUGUUUGUGUGACAGCCUACAGUCCUCUGGGCAGCGGGGACAGACCCUGGGCCUCUCCGGAUGAACCAAGUCUGCUACAGGAUCCUAGACUGGGAGCAAUUGCCCAGAGAUAUCAGAAAACACCUGCCCAGGUCAUACUCAGGUGGCACAUCCAGAGAGGUGUCGUGUGCAUCCCUAAAAGUGUGACGCCCACCAGGAUCCAGCAGAACUUGCAGGUGUUUGACUUUUGCCUGUCAGAAGACGACAUGAAGCUGAUAGGAUCCUUAAACUGCAACAAGCGCUUCAUCGUUCCAACAGUCGAGGUGAGUCUCUGAUUUUAUGAUACCUCACAAGAAUCCAUCUGAUAUGGGGGGCGUCCUAGACUGAACUUUGGGUCCAACAUCCUGACUUGUGUGGUUUUCUAUAUUUAAAAAAAAAAAUCGUGUAAUUAUGUGAGCAUAGCUAAUUGUUGUUUUUCCCCCCCAAACAGAGGGAUGGCAAGAGAGUGUGGAGAGAUGCAGAACAUCCUCAUUUCCCCUUCUGUGAUCCUUACUGAGUCUACGCACAAAGAAUGAAAUAUUGUAUUGUGAAAGAUGAGCGUUACAUAUGCUGAAGAAACCAAAUUUCUAAAAUCGAA